GAACCUGACAAAACUGGCGGCGGUCUGCGGCGGUGGAAGAACCAUGGCUACUGAGAAAAACCCUAAGUUAGAUUCUUCCAAAGAAGGCGAGUCAAUUAAGAAGAAACGACAUCGUAAGAGAGGCAAGAAAUCGAAGCAGUCACCAUCUUUACUCCCAGAACGACCUACUGAAGCUACUGAAGCUGAAGAACAAGAAGAAGAAGCUACAGAGAAUGAUGAUAAAUCUGAGAAAAUAACUAAUAAGGAGAAGAAGAAGAAGUUGAAGAGGCCAAGAGAAGAUAAUGAGGACGACAAUGCAGGAGGCGGAGAAGAAGAAGGAGAAAAAGAAGAAGUGGAGGAGAUUAUGAAAGUGGUGAAGAAUAUGGGGACGGGGUCGGGAAUCAUGAGCACGGAGGCGUUCUCGUUGUUGCCGAUUUCAGAAAAUACUAUGAAAGCUAUUAAAGAGAUGAAUUUCGAAUUUAUGACCCAGAUCCAAGCCAGAGCAAUUCCACCACUUCUUGAGGGUGAAGAUGUACUUGGAGCUGCAAGGACGGGUUCUGGUAAAACACUUGCUUUUCUGAUACCAGCUGUGGAGUUGCUACAUCAAAUUCAGUUUACAGCUCGGAAUGGUACUGGUGUUGUUGUCAUUUGUCCAACAAGGGAGCUGGCCAUACAGACGCAUGCUGUAGCAAAAGUUCUGCUUAAGUAUCACUCGCAGACUCUUGGCUUAGUUAUUGGUGGUGUGGCACGACGUGGAGAGGCUGAGCGUAUUGUGAAAGGAGUAAAUCUCUUAGUAGCUACACCUGGUCGUCUUCUUGACCAUCUCCAAAAUACCAAGGGGUUUAUUUAUAAAAACUUGAAGUGCCUCAUGAUUGAUGAAGCUGAUAGGAUACUUGAAGCAAAUUUUGAGGAAGAAAUGAGGCAAAUCAUUAAAAUUUUGCCUAAGACGAGACAAACAGCUCUUUUUUCUGCCACCCAAACGAAAAAGGUUGAGGAUCUUGCUCGCUUGUCAUUUCAGAAAACUCCAGUCUACAUCGAUGUGGAUGAUGGACGAAGAAGGGUCACCAAUGAGGGGCUGGAACAAGGGUUCUGUGUUGUCGAAAGUGCCAAGAGAUUUUUACUACUGUACUCCUUUUUGAAGAAGAAUCUGACGAAGAAAGUGAUGGUUUUCUUCUCCACUCGUGAUUCCGUUAAAUUCCAUUCUGCGCUUCUGAGAUACAUACAGAUAGACUGUCUUGAUAUCUAUGGAAAGCAAAAGCAGGAAAAACGAACAUCUAGCUUUUUGGAAUUUUGCAAAGCCGAAAAAGGCAUCUUGUUAUGUACAGAUGUUGGUGCACGAGGUCUUGAUAUACCCGCUGUGGAUUGGAUCGUGCAGUAUGACCCCCCUGAUGAACCUAAGGAGUAUAUUCACCGGGUUGGUAGGACUGCACGUGGGGAAGGUGCAAAGGGGAAUGCCCUACUUUUCCUGAUGCCGGAAGAGCUAAAGUUUCUUACCUAUCUGAAGGCUGCUAAGAUACCUGUCAAAGAAUAUGAAUUCAAUAACAAGAAAUUGGCAAAUGUGCAGUCUCGCCUGGUAGAGCUGGUCUCUAAUAACUAUUAUUUGAACAAGUCUGCUAAAGAGGCUUAUAGAUCCUAUUUACUUGCCUACAACUCACAUUCUAUGAAAGAUAUUUUUAAUGUUCACCAACUUGAUCUUCAGGGUGUGGCUGCUUCAUUUUGUUUCUCUUCUCCUCCAAAGGUAAAUUUGAAUAUAGACAGUAAUGCUUCCAAGUUUCGGAAGAAAAUGCGUACCCGAAAUGGGUUUAGUGCGAGCAACCCGUACGGGAGGAAGAGUGAAGGCGAUGUACGACAGUUUGUCAGAUAUUAACAACAUGUCCGACGUCUUACUACAGCAGCAGCAGCAGCCUUGGACGCAUCGCGCCAAUUUUGUAGUGUCAUGUUAGUUGAGUUUUUAUUUGUGAGCCAUAAUGGUUAGUUUUGUGUUGAAUACAAAGAAGUGUGUUGUUGUUCAAGGUCACAUAUCUUUGUGUUAAAUACUUUGGUUUAUUCUAAUUAUCUUUUCUUACAAUAUAUUUUUAGCGCUUUUCCAUUUUGGGAGGAAAAACACUUGAAA